UUACAGCUUCAAGGAAAGAAACAGCAUAUUAGAGCUUUGCUGAUAGACAGAGUUAUGCUGCAGCAUGAGCUGAGAACACUAACGAUGGAAGGCUGUGAAUAUAAAACCUCCCACCAGGAGAUGAUCAGAGAUCUUCUGUGUUUGUCCACAAGCUCAUAUGGUCAGGUCAGAAGUAAAGCUCAGCAAGCGUUCUUCACAGCUCUGGGAACGUACAAUUUUUGUUGCAGAGAUAUUAUUCCCUUGGUUUUGGAGUUCUUGCGCCCGGACCGGCAAGAUGUCACUCAAAAGCAAUUUAAAGGUGCCUUAUAUUGCCUUCUUGGAAAUCACAGUGGAGUAUGUUUGGCAAAUCUUCACGACUGGGAUUGUAUUGCGCAGACAUGGCCAGCGAUUGUUUCUUCUGGGCUUAGCAAAGCUAUGUCCUUGGAAAAACCAUCCAUAGUUAGACUCUUUGAUGACCUAGCAGAAAAAAUCCAUAGGCAGUAUGAAACGAUUGGAUUGGAUUUUGCAGUUCCAGAGAAAUGUGUGGAAAUAGCUGUCAUGCUGCAAAAAUCAGAACAUCCAAGUUCAAACUUCACAGGUCUUCGCUCAGAAGAAAUUCAGUUAGGAAUUCAGCGACAGAAAGAAAAGAAUGCUGAGGCUCUGCGAAACUAUGAGAAUUUGGUCAACAUGUUGCUGGACUGUGUGGAACAAAGAAAUCUUCCCUGGAAGUUUGAGCACAUAAGUAUUGGUUUCCUGUCUCUGCUCCUGAGGGAUGACAGGAUCCUGCCUGUCCGUGCCAUAAAAUUCUUUGUGCAGUGUCUCAACCAUGACGCAAUUGUAGUUCGGAAGGUGGCCAUCUCAGCUGUGGCUGGUAUUCUUAAGCAGCUUAAGAGAACACACAAGAAAGUGCCCAUCUGCCCUUAUGAAAUAAGUGGAAGCCCUAAGCCCUCCAGCAUUCAGGCUGGUGACAGACCGGAUAACCAGUGGCUGCACUACGACAGUCGGAGUUUGCCAAAGACUAAGGAAGCUUGGGAGUCGUGUUGUUUUGUGGAGAAAACACACUGGGGGUACUAUGCCUGGCCUCGAACUAUGACAGUUUACGCUCCAGUUGAGCAUCAACCAAAGCUUGGGCGAAGGCGAGACGAGCUGACAGAGGCAGAACAAAUUAUAUAUGAUCACUUUUCUGAUCCCAAGUUUGUUGAACAGUUAAUAAAAUUUUUGUCUUUAGAAGACAGAAAAGGAAAAGACAAAUUUAAUCCUCGCAGAUUUUGCCUCUUCAAGGGCCUUUUCAGAAACUUCGACGAUGCCUUCCUGCCAGUUCUUCAGCCUCACUUGGAACAACUUGUGGCAGACUCUCACGAAAGCACCCAGAGAUGUGUAGCUGAAAUUAUAGCUGGCUUAAUCAGAGGUUCUAAACACUGGACGUUUGAGAAGGUGGAAAAACUUUGGGAGCUUCUCUGUCCAUUGCUUCGAACAGCUUUGUGCAACAUCACAGUGGAAACGUACAAUGACUGGGGCACGUGCAUAGCAACCUCCUGUGAGAGCAGAGAUCCUAGGAAACUGCACUGGUUAUUUGAAUUGCUGUUGGAAUCUCCACUGAGUGGUGAAGGAGGAUCGUUUGUAGAUGCAUGCCGCCUCUACGUGCUGCAAGGUGGCCUUGCACAGCAGGAGUGGAGAGUGCCAGAGCUGCUGCACAGACUGCUGAAGUACCUGGAACCCAAGCUCACCCAGGUCUACAAGAACGUCCGAGAGAGAAUAGGAAGUGUUUUGACCUACAUAUUCAUGAUAGAUGUUUCGUUGCCAAAUACUGCUGCAACUAAAUCUCCUCGUGUCCAUGAAUUUACUACCCGGAUACUUGAAAAUCUUAAACCCCUCAUGGAAGCAGACGAAGAAAUUCAGAAUCACGUGAUGGAAGAGAAUGGAGUUGGUGAACAAGAUGAGCGAACUCAGGGCAUUAAACUCUUGAAAACUAUUCUGAAGUGGUUGAUGGCAAGUGCAGGACGGUCCUUCUCUACAGCUGUCACAGAGCAACUCCAGCUUUUGCCCUUAUUUUUCAAGAUUGCACCAGUAGAAAACGACAAUAGCUAUGAUGAGCUCAAAAGAGAUGCUAAGAUGUGUUUGUCGUUAAUGUCUCAGGGUUUGCUCUAUCCUCAGCAAGUGCCUUUGGUACUUCAGGUGCUAAAACAAACAGCAAGAAGCAAUUCUUGGCACGCUAGGUACACCGUACUAACCUACCUCCAGACCAUGGUCUUCUACAAUCUCUUUAUCUUUCUCAACAAUGAAGAAGCAGUCAAUGACAUCAGAUGGCUGGUUAUAAAACUCCUGGAAGAUGAACAGCUUGAG